GCGGCCCGGCCCGCGCUCCUGCGCUCGCUCCUCGCUGGCUCGUCUGCUCGCUGCCGCCGGCCCGACCCCCGUCCGGGCCGCGUCGCGCCACCCGCGCUCAGGGCUGUUUCCGCGAGCAGGUGAAGAUGGCCGAGAACUUGCUGGACGGACCGCCCAACCCCAAACGAGCCAAACUCAGCUCCCCGGGCUUCUCCGCGAAUGACAGCACAGAUUUUGGAUCAUUGUUUGACUUGGAAAAUGAUCUUCCUGAUGAGCUGAUCCCUAAUGGAGAAUUAAGCCUUUUAAACAGUGGGAGCCUUGUUCCAGAUGCUGCAUCCAAACAUAAACAACUGUCGGAACUUCUUAGAGGAGGCAGUGGCUCUAGCAUCAACCCAGGGAUAGGAAAUGUGAGUGCUAGCAGUCCUGUGCAACAGGGCCUUGGUGGCCAGCAGGCUCAAGGGCAGCCGAACAGUACAAACAUGGCCAGCCUGGGUGCCAUGGGCAAGAGCCCUCUGAACCAGGGAGACUCAUCAACCCCUAGCCUGCCCAAACAGGCAGCCAGCACCUCUGGGCCCACCCCCCCAGCCUCCCAAGCAUUGAAUCCACAAGCACAAAAGCAAGUGGGGCUGGUGACCAGUAGUCCUGCCACAUCACAGACUGGACCUGGGAUCUGCAUGAAUGCUAACUUCAACCAGGCCCACCCAGGCCUUCUCAAUAGUAACUCUGGCCAUAGCUUAAUGAAUCAGGCUCAACAAGGGCAGGCUCAAGUCAUGAAUGGAUCUCUUGGGGCUGCUGGAAGAGGAAGGGGAGCUGGAAUGCCCUACCCUGCUCCAGCUAUGCAGGGAGCUACAAGCAGUGUGCUGGCUGAGACCUUGACACAGGUUUCCCCACAAAUGGCUAGCCAUGCUGGACUGAACACGGCACAGGCAGGAGGCAUGACCAAGAUGGGAAUGACUGGUAACACAAGUCCAUUUGGACAACCCUUUAGUCAAACUGCUGGAGGGCAGCAGAUGGGAGCCACUGGAGUGAAUCCCCAGUUAUCCAGCAAACAGAGCAUGGUCAAUAGUUUGCCUGCUUUUCCUACAGAUAUCAAGAAUACAUCAGUCACCAAUGUGCCAAAUAUGUCCCAGUUGCAAACAUCAGUGGGAAUUGUACCCACACAAGCAAUUGCAACAGGCCCAACAGCAGACCCUGAAAAACGCAAACUGAUACAGCAGCAGCUGGUUCUACUGCUCCAUGCCCACAAAUGUCAGAGACGAGAACAGGCGAAUGGAGAGGUGCGGGCCUGCUCUCUCCCACACUGUCGAACCAUGAAAAAUGUUUUGAAUCACAUGACACAUUGUCAGGCCGGGAAAGCCUGCCAAGUUGCCCAUUGUGCAUCUUCACGACAAAUCAUCUCUCAUUGGAAGAACUGCACACGACAUGACUGUCCUGUUUGCCUCCCUUUGAAAAAUGCCAGUGACAAGCGAAACCAACAAACCAUCCUGGGAUCUCCAGCUAGUGGAAUUCAAAACACAAUUGGUUCUGUUGGUGCAGGACAACAGAAUGCCACUUCUUUAAGUAACCCAAAUCCUAUAGACCCCAGUUCCAUGCAGCGGGCCUAUGCUGCUCUAGGACUCCCCUACAUGAACCAGCCCCAGACACAGUUGCAGCCUCAGGUUCCUGGCCAGCAACCAGCGCAGCCUCCAGCCCACCAGCAGAUGAGGACUCUCAAUGCUCUAGGAAACAACCCCAUGAGUAUUCCAGCAGGAGGAAUAACAACAGAUCAGCAGCCACCAAACUUGAUUUCAGAAUCAGCUCUUCCAACAUCCUUGGGGGCCACCAAUCCACUGAUGAAUGAUGGCUCAAACUCUGGUAACAUUGGAAGUCUCAGCACGAUACCUACUGCAGCACCUCCUUCCAGCACUGGUGUUCGAAAAGGCUGGCAUGAACAUGUGACUCAGGACCUGCGGAGCCAUCUAGUGCAUAAACUUGUCCAAGCCAUCUUCCCAACUCCUGACCCUGCAGCUUUGAAGGAUCGCCGAAUGGAGAACCUGGUCGCCUAUGCUAAGAAAGUAGAGGGUGACAUGUAUGAGUCUGCUAACAGCAGGGAUGAGUACUAUCAUUUAUUAGCAGAAAAAAUUUAUAAAAUACAAAAAGAACUAGAAGAAAAACGGAGGUCACGUUUACAUAAGCAAGGCAUCUUGGGUAACCAGCCAGCUUUGCCAGCUCCUGGGGCUCAGCCUCCUGUGAUCCCACCAACUCAGUCUGUGAGACCUCCAAAUGGGCCACUGCCUCUGCCAGUGAAUCGCAUGCAGGUUUCUCAAGGGAUGAAUUCAUUUAACCCAAUGUCCCUGGGAAAUGUCCAGUUGCCACAAGCUCCAAUGGGACCUCGUGCAGCUUCCCCCAUGAAUCACUCUGUCCAGAUGAACAGCAUGGCCUCAGUUCCAGGUAUGGCCAUUUCUCCUUCCCGGAUGCCUCAGCCUCCUAACAUGAUGAGCACCCAUGCCAACAACAUGAUGGCCCAGGCGCCCACUCAGAACCAGUUUCUGCCACAGAACCAGUUCCCAUCAUCCAGUGGGGCAAUGAGUGUGAACAGUGUCAGUAUGGGGCAGCCAGCAGCCCAGACAGGCGUUUCACAGGGCCAGGUGCCUGGUGGUGCUCUUCCUAACCCACUGAACAUGCUGGCACCCCAGGCCAGCCAGUUGCCCUGCCCACCAGUGACACAAUCACCAUUGCACCCGACUCCACCUCCUGCUUCCACAGCUGCUGGCAUGCCUUCUCUCCAACAUCCAACACCACCUGGGAUGACACCUCCCCAGCCAGCAGCUCCCACUCAACCAUCCACUCCUGUGUCAUCUGGGCAGACCCCUACCCCAACUCCUGGCUCAGUGCCCAGUGCUGCCCAAACACAGAGUACCCCUACAGUCCAGGCAGCAGCACAGGCCCAGGUGACUCCUCAGCCUCAAACCCCAGUGCAGCCACCAUCUGUGGCUACCCCCCAGUCAUCACAGCAGCAGCCAACACCUGUGCACACUCAGCCUCCUGGCACACCGCUUUCUCAGGCAGCAGCCAGCAUUGAUAAUAGGGUCCCCACUCCCUCCUCUGUGACCAGUGCUGAAACCAGUUCCCAGCAGCCAGGACCUGAUGUGCCCAUGCUGGAAAUGAAGACAGAAGUCCAGACAGAUGAUGCUGAGCCUGAUCCUGGUGAAUCCAAGGGGGAACCUCGGUCUGAGAUGAUGGAAGAGGAUUUACAAGGAUCUUCCCAAGUAAAAGAAGAAACAGACUCAUCAGAGCAGAAGUCUGAACCAAUGGAGGCAGAAGAAAAGAAACCCGAAGUAAAAGUGGAAGCUAAAGAGGAAGAAGAGAACAGUGCUAAUGGCACAGCCUCACAGUCAACAUCCCCUUCCCAACCACGCAAAAAAAUCUUUAAACCUGAGGAGCUGCGCCAGGCACUUAUGCCAACUCUAGAAGCACUCUACAAACAGGACCCAGAGUCUUUACCUUUUCGGCAACCCGUAGAUCCCCAGCUCCUAGGAAUCCCAGAUUAUUUUGAUAUUGUGAAGAAUCCUAUGGACCUUUCUACUAUCAAACGGAAGCUGGAUACAGGGCAGUACCAAGAACCCUGGCAGUAUGUGGAUGAUGUCUGGCUUAUGUUCAACAAUGCUUGGCUAUAUAAUCGAAAGACAUCCCGGGUGUAUAAAUUUUGUAGUAAACUUGCAGAAGUCUUUGAGCAAGAAAUUGACCCUGUUAUGCAGUCUCUCGGAUAUUGCUGUGGACGAAAGUAUGAGUUUUCCCCACAGACUUUAUGCUGUUAUGGGAAGCAGCUGUGUACAAUUCCUCGUGAUGCAGCCUACUACAGCUAUCAGAAUAGUUCACCCAAGUAUGGCCUUCUUGCUGACAGGUAUCAUUUCUGUGAGAAGUGUUUCACAGAGAUCCAGGGCGAGAAUGUGACCCUGGGUGACGACCCUUCCCAACCUCAGACGACAAUUUCCAAGGAUCAGUUUGAAAAGAAGAAAAAUGAUACCUUAGAUCCUGAACCUUUUGUUGACUGCAAAGAGUGUGGCCGGAAGAUGCAUCAGAUUUGUGUUCUACACUAUGACAUCAUUUGGCCUUCAGGUUUUGUGUGUGACAACUGCUUGAAGAAAACUGGCAGACCUCGGAAAGAAAACAAAUUCAGUGCUAAGAGGCUUCAGACCACACGAUUGGGAAACCAUUUGGAAGACCGAGUGAACAAGUUUUUGCGGCGCCAGAAUCACCCUGAAGCUGGGGAGGUUUUUGUCAGAGUGGUGGCCAGCUCAGACAAGACUGUGGAGGUCAAGCCAGGGAUGAAGUCAAGGUUUGUGGAUUCUGGAGAAAUGUCAGAAUCUUUCCCGUAUCGAACCAAGGCACUCUUUGCUUUCGAGGAGAUUGAUGGAGUCGAUGUAUGCUUUUUUGGGAUGCAUGUGCAAGAGUAUGGCUCUGACUGCCCCCCGCCAAAUACAAGGCGUGUGUACAUAUCUUAUCUGGACAGUAUUCAUUUCUUCCGGCCCCGCUGCCUCCGGACAGCUGUUUACCAUGAGAUCCUCAUUGGAUAUCUAGAGUAUGUGAAGAAAUUGGGGUAUGUGACAGGACACAUCUGGGCCUGUCCCCCAAGUGAAGGAGAUGACUACAUCUUUCAUUGCCACCCCCCUGACCAGAAAAUCCCCAAACCCAAACGACUGCAGGAGUGGUACAAGAAGAUGCUGGACAAGGCAUUCGCAGAGAGGAUCAUUAAUGACUAUAAGGACAUCUUCAAACAAGCAAAUGAAGACAGGCUCACAAGUGCCAAGGAGUUGCCCUAUUUUGAGGGAGAUUUCUGGCCUAAUGUAUUGGAAGAAAGCAUUAAGGAGCUAGAACAAGAAGAAGAAGAGAGGAAAAAAGAAGAAAGUACUGCAGCUAGUGAAACCCCUGAGGGCAGUCAAGGUGACAGCAAGAAUGCCAAGAAAAAGAACAAUAAGAAGACCAACAAAAACAAAAGCAGCAUUAGCCGUGCCAACAAGAAGAAGCCCAGCAUGCCCAACGUGUCCAAUGACCUGUCCCAGAAGCUGUAUGCCACCAUGGAGAAACAUAAGGAGGUCUUCUUUGUGAUUCAUCUGCAUGCUGGUCCUGUUAUCAGCACUCAGCCCCCCAUUGUGGACCCUGACCCCCUGCUCAGCUGUGACCUCAUGGAUGGGCGUGAUGCCUUCCUCACCCUGGCCAGAGACAAGCACUGGGAGUUCUCUUCCUUACGUCGCUCCAAAUGGUCCACUCUGUGCAUGCUGGUGGAACUGCACACACAGGGCCAGGACCGCUUUGUCUAUACCUGCAAUGAGUGCAAACACCAUGUAGAAACACGCUGGCACUGCACUGUGUGUGAGGACUAUGACCUUUGUAUCAAUUGCUACAACACAAAGAGCCACACCCAUAAAAUGGUGAAGUGGGGAUUGGGGCUAGACGAUGAGGGCAGCAGUCAAGGUGAGCCACAGUCCAAGAGCCCGCAGGAGUCCCGGCGUCUCAGCAUCCAGCGCUGCAUCCAGUCCCUGGUCCAUGCCUGCCAGUGUCGCAAUGCCAACUGCUCUCUGCCAUCUUGCCAGAAGAUGAAACGAGUAGUGCAGCACACCAAGGGUUGUAAGCGCAAGACUAAUGGAGGAUGCCCAGUGUGCAAGCAGCUCAUUGCUCUUUGCUGCUACCACGCCAAACACUGCCAAGAAAAUAAAUGCCCUGUACCCUUCUGCCUCAACAUCAAACACAAGCUCCGCCAGCAGCAGAUCCAGCAUCGCCUGCAGCAGGCCCAGCUCAUGCGCCGUCGAAUGGCCACCAUGAACACCCGUAAUGUGCCUCAGCAGAGUUUGCCUUCUCCUACCUCAGCACCACCUGGGACCCCCACACAGCAGCCCAGCACACCCCAAACACCACAGCCCCCUGCCCAGCCUCAGCCUUCACCUGUAAACAUGUCACCAGCUGGCUUCCCUAAUGUAGCCCGGACUCAGCCCCCAACGAUAGUGUCUGCUGGGAAGCCUACCAACCAGGUGCCAGCUCCCCCACCUCCUGCCCAGCCCCCACCUGCAGCAGUAGAAGCAGCGAGGCAAAUUGAACGUGAGGCCCAGCAGCAGCAGCACCUGUACCGAGCAAACAUCAACAAUGGCAUGCCCCCAGGGCGUGCAGGUAUGGGAACCCCAGGGAGCCAGAUGGCCCCUGUGGGCCUGAAUGUGCCCCGUCCCAAUCAAGUCAGUGGGCCUGUCAUGUCUAGCAUGCCACCUGGGCAGUGGCAGCAGGCUCCCAUCCCCCAGCAGCAGCCAAUGCCAGGCAUGCCCAGGCCUGUAAUGUCUAUGCAGGCCCAGGCAGCAGUGGCCGGGCCACGGAUGCCCAAUGUGCAGCCUCCAAGGAGCAUCUCGCCAAGUGCCCUGCAAGACCUGUUGCGGACCCUGAAGUCGCCCAGCUCCCCUCAGCAACAGCAGCAGGUGCUGAACAUCCUCAAAUCAAACCCACAGCUAAUGGCAGCUUUCAUUAAACAGCGUACAGCCAAGUAUGUGGCCAAUCAGCCUGGCAUGCAGCCCCAGCCUGGACUUCAGUCUCAGCCUGGCAUGCAGCCCCAGCCCGGCAUGCACCAGCAGCCCAGCCUGCAGAACCUGAAUGCAAUGCAAGCUGGUGUCCCACGGCCUGGAGUACCUCCACAGCAACAGGCGAUGGGAGGCCUGAACCCCCAGGGACAAGCUCUGAACAUCAUGAACCCUGGACAUAACCCCAACAUGGCAAACAUGAAUCCACAGUACCGAGAAAUGGUUAGGAGACAGCUGCUACAACACCAGCAGCAGCAGCAGCAGCAGCAGCAGCAGCAGCAGAGCAGCGCCAGCAUGGCCGGGGGCAUGGCGGGACACAGCCAGUUCCAGCAGCCACAAGGACCUGGAGGCUACGCCCCAGCCAUGCAGCAGCAACGUAUGCAACAGCACCUCCCCAUCCAGGGUAGCUCCAUGGGCCAGAUGGCUGCUCCAAUGGGACAACUUGGCCAAAUGGGGCAGCCUGGGCUGGGGGCAGAUAGUACCCCCAACAUUCAGCAGGCCCUACAGCAGCGGAUUCUGCAGCAGCAGCAGAUGAAGCAGCAGAUUGGGUCCCCAGGCCAGCCGAACCCCAUGAGCCCCCAGCAGCACAUGCUCUCAGGACAGCCACAGGCCUCGCAUCUCCCCGGCCAGCAGAUCGCCACAUCCCUUAGUAACCAGGUGCGGUCUCCAGCCCCUGUCCAGUCUCCGCGGCCCCAAUCCCAGCCUCCACAUUCCAGCCCAUCACCACGGAUACAGCCCCAGCCUUCACCACACCAUGUUUCACCCCAGACUGGCUCCCCCCACCCCGGACUCGCAGUCACCAUGGCCAGCUCCAUGGAUCAGGGACACCUGGGGAACCCUGAACAGAGUGCAAUGCUCCCCCAGCUGAAUACCCCCAACAGGAGCGCACUGUCCAGUGAACUGUCCCUGGUUGGUGAUACCACGGGAGACACACUAGAAAAAUUUGUGGAGGGUUUGUAGCAUUAUGAGAGCAUUUGAUGUUUGGUUUUUUGUUUUGGGGAUUUUAUUUUAUUAUUUUUGGGGGUUUUUUGUUUUGUUUUUGGUGGGUUUUUUUUGUUUUGUUUUGUUUUUUGGUUUUGUUUUGGUUUUUUUCUUUUGUUUUUUGUUUUGGUUUUAUUUUUCCUCCCUCCCCUUUCAUGUUCUUGGACUUUUUGUACUGAAAAUCCAGGCAUCUGGGCUCUUUUUAUUACGCCUAGAUGGACUGUGACUCCCAAGCAUGGAAGGGUAGAUUAUUGAUGUCUAAAAAAACAAUACAAAGAAUAUAUUUUUUGUUAAAAACCAGUUGAUUUAAAUAUCCGGUCGGUCUCUCUUUCUCUCUCAGCUUUUUUCUCUUUUUUUCUGUUUUGUUUUGGGGGCCGGGGGGUUGUUUGGAUUCUUUUUGUCGUCAUUGCUGGUGACUCAUGCCUUUUUUUAAUGGGAAAAACAAGUUCAUUAUAUUCAUAUUUUUUAUUUGUAUUUUCAAGACUUAAACAUUUAUGUUUAAAAGUGAAAAGAAAAAUAAUACUCAGAAACUGGUUCCAGAAAUAAUGCAUCUUAUAAUGUGUCCCGAUAACGAGCUGAUGUUGCGGGAAGAUUUUUUUCUAUAGUGAACUCUGUGGGCAUCUCCAAGUAUUACCCCUGGACAAUAGGAAUUGAUUCCGGCGUGCACACAUGUACACACCCACACACAUUUAUCUAUACAUGCUGGCUUAAGCCAACCUCUUGUCUUGCAGAUGUAGAAAUUGUUGCUUUGUUUCUCUGAUAAAACUGGUUUUAGACAAAAAUAGGGAUGAUCACUCUCUUAGACCAUGCUAAUGUUAAUAGAGAAGAAGCACUCUUUUCUUUCUUCUAUGUGAAACUUGAAAUGAGGAAAAGCAAUUCUAGUGUAAAUCAUGCAAGCGCUAUAAUUACUAUAAAUAAGAAAAUUCAAGAAGAUUCAAUCACUGUAUAGAAUGGUAACAUACCAACUCAUUUCUUAUAUCAUAUUGUUAAAUAAACUGUGUGCAACAGACAAAAAGGGUGGUCCUUCUUGAAUUCAUGUACAUGGUAUUAACACUUAGUGUUCGGGGGUUUUUUUUGUUAUGAAAAUGCUGUUUUCAACAUUGUAUUUGGACUAUGCAUGUGUUUUUUUCCCCAUUGUAUAUAAAGUAUCGCUUAAAAUUGAUAUAAAUUACUGAAGUUUUUAACAUGUAUUCUGUUCUUUAAGAUCCCUGUAAGAAUGUUUAAGGUUUUUAUUUAUUUAUAUAUAUUUUUGGAGUCUGUUCUUUGUAAGACAUGGUUCUGAUUGUUCGCUCAGAGUGGAGAGGUCGGGGCUGCAGUCAUAGUUGCAUUGUGGGUGGCAACUGGGAAGUGUCCCAGGUUUGUGGCCACCGAAGUGGGGGGGGGUCCCUGUACAGAGAGUGAGGAGGCUGCUCAGCAUUGCCUUGCAUAUUCAAUACUCACAGGUGAAUGUCACCCAGGCCAAGAGGGACAAUCACCACUGGGUCAGAAACAGCACUUUGCCUCCAGCCCACUCUUUGUCCUCCUCGUUGGCCAGCUGCCCCUGUGGGGAGGGCUCCUGCCCCCCUUUUGUUUUUCAGACAGUCCCCCCUUUCUCUACCCAGAUCCCACAAUCAAUGCAAAGGGUGCUCCAGGGACUUGAGGUGGUUCCUGACCUCCCCUCCCCAAAAGUUCAACUGGGAGGUUACCCCCAUCAGCCUGCCCCAUGUGGCCUCAUUAGGGUUUUGCAGGCCUGGUGCCACCCUGGGGGCUGCUACUUCAUGGUCUUACCCACUCAUGAAGUCCAGUUACAGGUGCCCUUUCUGAGCAGGGAAUGGUAGCUCCUGAAUACUGUAAUUGUCACAUCCAAGAGGAGGACCACUGACAGGGGAACUAAACCCCUAGCCUACUGCUCCCAGGGAACUUUUUUUUUUUUUUAAAUACUGUCUUCCAACAAAAAGGUGGUCCAGAUGGGGGUGGGGGGCAGCUAAAUUUAAAAAUCAUGACCCAAAUAGCCUUGCUUUUGGCCUUUUAAGUUCACAGAAGUAUUUUCAAAAUUCUUGAUACUUGGAAAUCUAAAUUUGAGGAAGCCUUUCAAAUGAAUGUAGAAUUUUGAAUCUUGGAUUUUAAUACUGUGGAUAAGACCAGGUAAGGAAUAGACCAUCAUCUAACAUCCCCCCAACUAAGCCCUGUCCCAAGUCCUCCAGAAGUGAUGCUCCGUCCUUGAUGGGUCCUUGCAUAUUCUCGGCUCUCUUCAGAAUGCGCUUUGCUGCUGAUUGGGAAGCCCCAAGCCAUGUGUUCAAACAAGAGGAACUGGAGCUUCAGAAGAGCUGCUCAGCCCCACUCAGAAGGUGGCACUUGGCAAUGUGCAGCAUUUUCAUGUGGGCAAUGGGGACAUCCUUUUCGGUUGUCCUGAAGUUCAAGGCUAUGUACCAACCUCCUUGGAGUCUGCAUCCUGUGCAGUUGUCCAUCUGGAUGUCAAAGGAUGUGGCUGAGGGUGUGGGCUGUGAAUAAUAUCCCCAAGUUUGUCCUAAGGAAAUUUCUGUAAGAGCUGGAGUGCCCAGAUACUGUGUCUCAUGCUGUAUACUUAAGAGGAGAAGAAAAAAGUCCUAUAUUUGUGAUCAAAAAGAGGGAACUUGAAAUGUGCUGGUGUUUAUAAUAAAAGCUGGUAAAACUGCUUGGAUUCAAA